AUGACUGACGCGCAGCAUAUACUGAGCGAGGUUCUGAACAGAAUACUGGACGAAAAAAGUUACAGGCCGCGAGAGGUCAAGAUCAAACCUACAACCACAGAUUGUACAAACUACACGACAUCUCUAUUCCUUAUCAACGCCUCAUCGCCUAAUCGCGAUGAUCUAAAACUAUUCGCAAAAGUGGCCUGCUUGGGAGACAAAUUGCGAGCUGAGCUAAACGCCACUUGGAUGUUUGAGACGGAAAUUUUCGUCUACAGCCAUCUCGUUAUAGCCUACGAAGAUAUUCAAUGGAAACAUAACGUACCGGAUGAGUAUAAAUAUACAUUCCCGAAAUUUUAUGGAUGUAAUACCAAAUUGGGGCAGGAGACAGUUGUUAUGGAGAAUUUGAUAGAAGCUGGAUUCAAAGCGUAUAACAGAUUUGCUUCGGUGGACUGGGAUCACGCGAGUGCUGCUGUGGAGAAUAUAGCGAGGUUCCACGCUUUGUCGUUUGCGUUUGCGAAAUACUAUCCUGAAGAGUUUGGAAGAUUAACGCGUCACAUGGAAUUCCGAGUGGUUAGAAUGGGUGAGGGCGAGCUAAGUGAAGCAACGACUACUAUACGUGAGAGAAUGGUGAAUAAUGCUAUAGGUUUGAUAAAUGAAGAGCAAAGGGCUAAAGUACAGGCGUUCCUUUUAAAAAACCAGCUGCGAGACAAGUUUAACAAACCUCACGGGAUACCGGUCAUUGCACAUGGGGAUUUCCGAAUGUGUAACAUGUUGUUUAGGAGACAGAUGCACUCCUUAUUCCCUCAGUCUCAUAGUCCGAUGGGAGGGCAGCUCCGAAACAAACGGAAAGAGCUGGCGCAGGACAGGUAG